UUUUUACCUUUUUGACAGUUGCAUUUUGUUAGCUACAAUACUAAGUAUGCCGACCUUAUGGACGCACUCAACCAUGAAGAUGGCCUCGCUGUUCUUGGUCUCUUUAUACAGGUCGGAGGAAAAAUUAACACGGCAUUUUCAUUUUUGGAAAGUGCUCGAAACCUGACUUCGAGUUACACUUCUAUCAGUGACAUUCCAGCUUUCAGAUUUGACAGAAUAUUGCCUGCCAAUAAGACCAAGUACUUCCGGUACAGUGGUUCUCUCACCACUCCCUCUUGCAAAGAGAGUGUCACGUGGACGGUGUUUAGGGACGCGGUCAACAUAUCGCAGUAUCAGAUGAACCUUCUGCGUCAACUCAGGAAGACUUACACCACGACAAGCGUCGGGAAUUUCCGUCCCGUCCAGCCACUUUACGACCGAAUCAUCAGAGCUAGUUUCCAAGUUGCCGAGAUUAUAAACUCCACUUCGACUGAGAUCAACAGUACAGUCAGUACCAAUUGGACUGGCACUACCACUGCUACCAUAACUGACGAAAAAGCUACUUCUUCGAUCUCCUCUACUGUUGUUGCUACUACAAAUCCAGAGGAAUCACCCCCUGCUCCAACUGUCGAAUUUGACCUUGAAUCAUCCGCCGUUCGAAUGACCGGUGGCCUGUUUUUGUCGAUGUUGUUUGCUGCUCUUUUUGUGAACUAGUACGACAUCAUAAUGACACCAUUGUAGUUUCCCAUCUUAUUGUCUUGUAUCAGAGUCACUUAUGAAAUGACAUUCCAAGACCAGUCGAAAGUAAGAGCGAUUACCGCGUCGGUAACUUCUUGCGAACUGACAGGAAUCUGUAACCUGUGGUCAGGCUUUACUUUCGUUUCACCUUAAACUUAAUUUAACUUUGUUAAUUGGUGCAUUUGAUUAGAGGCCUCAGCUGUCCACUCGGAGUGGGUCCGAGUGGUUUUGUCGGUAUACUCUGCCCCUCAAUAGCAGUUUAGAUGGCUCCUAGUUCUCGUUGCUAGCAUCCUUCAUCGAGACUUGUCCAAAAAGUUCAAUCACCUCAACAAGAUGACUAUCCUUAGGCGGAGAUUUUUCCGUUUUAGUUUCGGAAAUAUUCGGGCCAGAAUGGCUUACGAAACACUUUAGCAAAGGACCCGCGUAAAAGACUAUAAGAACGCUGCUAAAGCUCGCAGAGUUACAGGUUACAGGUUCUUACGUCCAACCAGUGGCAAAAAAACGCAUGUUUGGCUGCUACUCGGCCAAUCAGAAGCAAAGUAAAACUAACAGCCUUUGGUGUAUGCGUUUUCACGCGCAUGAUUGAUGGAAGCUGCAAUUAAGGUUUUAUUGCGAGUUCUGGUGGCUUUUUAGUUCAUUAAUGCGUUUAGUGGAGUUGGUGGAAGAAAAAGUCGAAUACCACAAAAAAAAAAA